AUGAACGUUGACCAAUGCCAGUGGCCGACGAAGAUGAUGGGUAGGGGAGUGGACGGAGGUUGCGGUGCUGAAGAGAAGCCUUACCGACCAUUUCGCAGGGCUUCGAUUGAGAAGGAGAAUGGGAUUAAGAGCUCCGAGGAUAAGGCUUCGCCGGGAAUCGAUUUGUUAGCUCAGGCGAGCAAAAACCUCUCCGAGAGGUCUCCGUAUGAUGUUUCCGAAGAUGGUUCGACUGUGGGGGUGAGUGUGCCUACUCUACCCAUUGCGUUAGCUAAUUUGCUGAACCAAACGGAUAACAAGAAGCGGCAGAAGAAGUCUCACGCUGGGGCGGAGAAGAAGAAGAAGAAGUCUUCUAGGCAAGGGGAGAAGCUGAGAACUGGGAGCAUCUGGGUUGAGCAUCAUGACUACUUUAGGCGCUUGGAAUUGCCUGAUUUAGAAACUUUGUCAGAUUUAGCAUCUCUGAGAUCUUUAUCCUCUGGAAAUUGCUUUUCAAUUCCUUCUGUGGAGUACGAAUCCGUUAGUCUUCAGCAGAGGGAAACUGAUGCCAGUGCGAAGAAUGAGGAUGUUGUUAUGGAAGAACUUAAAAACUCUCUCAGGAAAGAGAUAUCUGAAGGCGCAGUAAAGAAAGAAGAGGUAAACGAGGAUGUUGAGGAGCCAAUGAAUGUUGACAGUGUGGGAGAUGAAGUCUCCUCUGGGUCAGACUGUUCCGGUAGUUUAGAAUGGGUUUUAGGGUGUAGAAAUAGGAUUUUGUUGACAUCGGAAAGGCCCUCUAAAAAGCGGAGGCUUCUUGGUGGUGAUGCAGGUCUGGGAAAAUUGAUAGUUGCCACUCCUUGCAAAGGGAAUGCAUUGUUAUGUGAUUUUUGUUGCACCCGUGGUGAUGCCAAGGGAAAGCAUCACCAGUUGAUUGUUUGCACUUCCUGCAAAGCUACAAUUCAUAAAAGAUGCUAUGGCGUGGUUGAAAAUACAGAUAAACCUUGGUUGUGCUCUUGGUGUGAGCUGGAGAAUAGUCGUAGUGAUUCUGAAAGAGAGAGACCAUGUUCGCUCUGUCCCAAAAAGGGUGGUAUUUUGAAGCCUGUUCUCUCAAAAGCUGAAAACGGUGGGCCAGUGGAGUAUGCUCAUCUGUUUUGUUCUCUGUGGAUGCCUGAGGUGUAUAUAGAGGACUUGGAAAAGAUGGAGCCGAUCAUGAAUUUGCCUGGAAUAAAAGAAAUUCGGAGGAAGUUACUGUGCAACUUGUGCAAGGUGAAAUCUGGUGCUUGCAUUCGGUGUUGUAAUGGAGCAUGCAGAACAUCUUUCCAUCCUUUAUGUGCAAGGGAGGCAGGGAAUAGGCUAGAGGUCUGGGGAAGACAUGGGUGUGAUACUGUUGAACUGCGAGCUUUCUGCACAAAGCAUUCAGAUAGUCAAGAAAGUGGAAGGUCCAUAGAGGGAGGGGAAAAUAACGCAGCUGAGAGACGUUCUCCUGUAUGUCAUCUUCCGUCAGAAGCUGUAAGAGAAGGUCAAGUAAGCAAUGAUGAGGUGGGAGUUGACGUAGGAACACCGGACAAGGUUGAAUCAGGGAUGACUGGGAGAAGCACCAAUAAUGAAAGAACUCUGUCCGAGUCUCUUAGUUUUGGAUUGAUUCUGAAAAAGUUGAUCGACCUGGGUAAAGUGGAUGUGAAGGAUGUAGCUGCAGAGAUUGGGGUCAGUCCUGAAGCUUUGAGUGCCAAACUUACGGAAGGAGACUUGUUGCCUGAUUUACUAGGCAAGAUAGUUAAAUGGCUUAGUCAGCAUGCACACAUGGGUACUCGGACUAAAGGCGAAAAUUUUAAAAGUAAGGACACUACUCAAUCUGAGCAUCGGGCAACUAUCUGUUCUGAAGACAUGGUUGUGUUAGAGUCUGAAAUUUUAGAUCCUGCUGUCUCAAAGGCUCCUUCUUUGGAGGGGACGCUUGAAAGCAAUAUUUGUAAUAACAAUACGAAUAAUAUGCUAUGUACCUCUGCUGAAAAUGGUACUGGUAAUGGUAUUGUGGUUGAUGAAGCUAAAGCCAAUAUACCAGUUCUGAACAAAGAGAGAGGUGUGAAUUUGGCAUCUGAUCAUUCUCCAGAAGAACAGAAAUCAGCAGUGCUUGAUCAGGAAGUUCAUCCCGAGAAAAGCUCAGCUAAUCUUUCUGAUGCUCAUGGAGAACAAUCAAACUCCAGUUGUUCUGGAAUGCUGGAGAACUCCUUUUCCUUGGGGAGAAAUAGUUCUCAGAAUUGUGGAAAUUUGAACUGUCCAAGCCCCAUUAUCUUGGAGCUCCUUGAUCAUGACGCGUAUCCUAGUUUUAAUCCUCAUCCUUAUAUCCACAAAGAAUUGUCAGAAAUGGGCAAGGGAAAGAUCCUGAAAAUCAGCUCGGAUUCUGAAGAAGGAAACAAACAUCUGCAGGACGCUGGCAAUAACACAGGCUGUUGUAAUUACCAGAGUCAAAGUGCAGACACGGGAGACACAUUUGGUCAGUUAUCAAAAGCUAGGAAGUUGGGCAUACUGGAUCUGUCUCCUGAAGAUGAAGUGGAAGGAGAACUUCUAUAUUAUCAGUAUCGGUUGCUUGGCACUGCAGUUUCAAGAAAGCAACUAUCUGACAAUUUAGUCCAUGAAGUUGCCAAAAAGCUGCCGAUGGAGAUUGAUGAACAACAUGGACGAAGAUGGGAUGAUGUUCUGGUCAAAAAAUAUUUCGUUGAUGUUAGGGAAGCAAGAAAGCAAGGUAGGAAAGAGCAAAGACACAAACAAGCCCAGGUUGUUCUAGCUGCUGCUACUGCUGCAGCAGCAACAUCUUCUCGGAAUACAUCGGUUAGGAAAGAUAUGACAGAAGAACCUGCACAACAAGAGGUGAGUACUUCUAGACGUAAAGUUGCUGGCAGCUCUCACCUAGUGCCACAGACAAAAGAAACGCUUUUAAAGAUGACUGUUUCCGGUCCACCACCUGAGAAGUGGUCUGAUCAUCGUACACCAGACAUUUCAUCAGAAAAUGCACGAAGUUGUGACAUCUGCAGACGCUCUGAAACUAUAUGGAACCUGAUUGUAGUGUGCUCUAGUUGCAAGGUGGCUGUUCACAUGGAUUGCUACAAAUGUGCUAAAGAAUCUACUGGUCCUUGGUACUGUGAACUAUGCGCGGAAUCUACUGGUUCUUUCAAUUUUUGGGAAAAACCGGAUUCUUCUACAGAGUGUUCUUUAUGUGGUGGCACAACUGGGGCUUUUAGGAAAGCCACAAAUGGGCAGUGGGUGCAUGCAUUUUGUGCUGAGUGGUCCUUGGAAUCAACUUUCAGAAGGGGGCAAAUAAAUCCAGUGCAGGGACUGGAGUCUCUGGCUAAGAGCACAAGCACUUGUUGUGUAUGCCAACGGAUAUAUGGUGCAUGCAUUAAGUGUAGCUAUGGUAACUGCCAGUCGACAUUUCAUCCCUCCUGUGCCAGAAGUGCUGGUUUUCAUAUGGCUGGUGGUGGGAAACUUCCACAUAAGGGUUACUGUGAGAGGCACAGCUUGGAACAGAAGGCAAAGGCCGAAUCUCAGAAACAUGGGGCAGAGGAACUGAAAAGUCUCAAGCAUUAUAGGGUUGAACUUGAGAGGUUACGCCUUCUGUGCGAACGGAUAGUCAAGAGAGAGAAGUUAAAACGAGAGUUGGCUAUUUCCUCGCAUGAAAUACUUGCUGCCAAAAGGGAUCAGGCUGCACGUUCGUUACCUGUCCGUAAUCCAUUUUCUCCUCCAGAAGUCUCGUCGGAUUCAGCUACAACGUCAGUGAAAGGUCAUCAAGAUAGUAAUAUAUCCGGCAGUGAAGUGGUAGCACAGAGGUCAGAUGAUAUCACCAUUGACAGCACAGUCUCUGGUCAGCGCCGAGGCAAAGGUCCCAUGUUAAUGGACAGUGAUCAGAAAACCGACGAUAGUGCUACUUCCAUGGGUCGGAUCUCCCGUAAGCCAAGUGAAAGACAAGUAUUAUCGGGGAAGACAGUUCCUCGCAAACAUUGUAUAGUCUCGCCUAGUGUAUCAGAGGAUGGAGAUGAUAAAGACUCGAAGCCGAAGAAGCAUGUAGAAACAUUUGCCAAGGAGCUUGUGAUGACAUCGGAUGAAGCUUCUUUCAAGAACCGGCGGCUCCCAAAGGGAUACUUCUACGUUCCGGUUGAUUGCCUUCAGGACGAAAAGCCUGGCAACCAGAAGGCGACGGCUUCAUCUGAGGAUCCAACCAACGAGAAGGCCUCUUCAGGUGAUCAGUCAGGCAAAGACGGGAUUCAUCACCAAAUGGCUUAA